CCCUGUGGGACCCCAGAUAUUGUUGAGCUACAACUCCCAUCACCCCUAGCUAGCAAGGCCAGAGCUCAGGCAUGAUGGGAGUUGUAGUCCAACAGCAUGUGCCCAGCUUGAGAGCCACUGAUUGGAGGGAGGCAGUCCUGCUCCCCAGUGAAAUAUUCCCAGCCUGCCAUUGGCGUGGGCCGCCAUUUCCCUAUCUCCACGGUCUCACCCGCGUUGCCCCCACCCGCGCGUUCUCUGCUUUUUUCCUAUCUCUACGUUCCCACUCCGGGCGCGAUGCCGGCUUCCCGGGCCCCGGCCGCGCGUGCGCGAGGGCGGAGUCUACGGGUCGGGAGGAGGGACCCGAAGGAGGGAGGCGCUGACGCCGCGACGUCAACAACCGCCGGGCGCUGCUGCUUCUCCUUCUCCACAGGUGCUGCCGAGGCCGCGUGAGGGAAGCGAGGAGAGAGAGGCGGCGGCGGCGGCCAUGACCAAGUACUGCCGGGCGCCCAACUGCUGCAACUCGGCCAGGGAGCCGCGGACGGACAACCGGCGCCUCAGUUUCUACAAGUUUCCUCUGCACAAUCCUGAACGUCUCCAGCAAUGGCUCUCCCAGAUGAACCAGGAAAAGUGGGUCCCGACGAAGCACCAGCACUUGUGCAGCGAGCACUUUGCCCCAUCCUGUUUUGAAUACCGGUGGGGGGCGCGCUUCCUGAAGCCUGACGCUGUUCCCACCAUCUUCCAGACCUCAGAAGGCUCGCUGAAGAGGGAAAACCCGGCCAGGACUUCCUCCGAUGUCCCAGCUAAGAAGCUCAUCAUUGAAUUCCAAGGGGAGAGGAGCAUGCCGGCACCCCAAGCCAUAAGCUGCCCUGAGCCAAACUCCCUGGAAACACUUGCCAUCGCCAUUGACCCCAGCGUGGCAGCUUCCCCGAUCUAUGUGGAGACCCAGUCCUCCGCCUCAGACUUCCCUGCCCUCUCAGGGCCCUUGGGCGGGGCUGUGAACCUGCUGCCUUUGGUCCAAAUCGUGGAGCCCCUCAAGGCCGUGACGCUGACUGUGUCUUCCCCGGUUGAUGCCAGCCAGCCUCUCCCGGACCGGGUGGAGCAGCAGGUCGUUGACUUCUUGGCCUCGCUGCCGCCGGCGACCCUAGAAGCUACGCCGGGCUCGUCCAGGGGGGCCUCUGAGCCCUUUUCUGCAGAGGUGGCCGUGCCCUGCGAGGUGGCGGCGGCUGCCAACCAGCCGCCGCUGCAGGCCCUGAUGACCGACCCAGCCAUGGCGACGGAGCAAGGGGCGCUCAUCAUCGAGAAUGUCUCCAUCGAGCCGUUUCUGGAGACUGACCCCUCCGCCGCCGCCGUCCUGCGCUCCCUGCAGGAGCCGGCCGCCGAGGUGGUGGCGUACUUCGAGACCAUCCCGACGGCGCCCAUCACGGCUGCCGCCUCUUCCGGCGUGACCCCCCCAGAGACGGUGCUGUCCUCCGCCCUGAGCCUCCCCAUUGUCUCCACCGUCCCCAUCGUCUCCAACCAGGCGCCUCGGAAGGCCCCCCCGGCGGAAGAGGAGAAGCUGGAGGAGCUGAGCUCGGCCGAGUCCUUGGAGGAGCAGCUGGAGGAGCACCGCUACCACAAGCAGGAGGGGGCGACCUCGGAGCUCGUGGAGGUGGUGAUGGGCCUUCAGAAGAAGGUGAAGGUUCUCCAGCAGAGGCACCGCCGGCACUGCGCGAAGCUGGAGGCCAUGGAAGGGGUGGUGGAGCAGCUGCGGAAGGAGAACCUGGUGUCCGAGGAGAAGCUGAAGCUGCUGGAAAUGGUAAGCUGGCUUUGCAGGGCGGCUGGUCUCCUUGGGCCGCAUCCGCAGCUGGGAAACGCAGAGAGGCGAGCGCGGGUCGGAGAUCAGGUCCGCCGGGAUUUCUCAGCUUCUGCGUUUUCCUCUUUAAGCAGGAAGCUUCUAGGCCUCAUGAGAACAGGGGGCGGUUGGGAAUAUAUAUACAGUGGUGCC